CUAUCUUUUCAUCUGACGUCUAAUACUCUUUACUCCCCAACAGUUCAGUUACAGACUUUGCCCGGUGCAGUGUGGGGGCCUUUGGAAGGAAACAGAUGUUAUACUACUUCUCUCUUACCAAAUCCUGGCUGGUUUGUCCUGAAAAUACUAAACCCUAAGACCCCCCCCUCCCUCUAGUGAAGGCCUGACUAUUUGCCGUUGACCGUUUUGUCCUUUUCUGUUCAGUAAACGUCCACCCACGGUGCUCAGGGAGCAAGUUAGUGCGUGUGGCCUGUUGGUUUAUAGCCAGUGCUUCACAUGCAAAAGCCCAGACUUAAAAACCUCUAGGCAGCAAUCUCUGGACUCUGCUGGUGAAGAAUUCAUAGAUCUCACAGGUGAAUCUUCCGAGCCAAUCUAACUGGCGAUAGUUCUGUUGUGCAGCAGGACUAAAACCAGCAGCACCCACUUGUUUCCAGAGCAGCAGAUAAUUCAGUAGCGCUACCAAUGAGUGACACUGAAGAGGAACUAAGAGAUAAUAAUGGACCAUGGCCAACAGGUCCUGUUAGUUCUCCAGUUUGGGUGGAUAUGAGCUCAGAGCUUCCUGAAGAGUAUAUACAACAAAUGAGAAAUCUUUCACUAAGAAACCAUCAACAGCCAGACGGUUCUGUACUGAGCAGAGAUGAAACAACAGUCAAUGAUGUGUAUGGGACUGCUACGGCAUCUAAACAACAGAUAUCACCAGAAGAGCAAACUGCAAGAUUGAAUCCAUGGCCACCAGGGACUAUUUGUUGUCGAAUUUGCAUGGAUUUGUACUCAAAGAUUCUGCGAAGCGAACGACUGAUUUUGGCAACCCGGUGCGGCCAUAUCUUCUGCAGUCAAUGCCUCCCUGUUGCCAUUGAGGUUACCGGGGCUUGUCCAGCCUGCAGCAGACAACUCACUCACACACAAUAUCAUCCCAUUUAUUUAUGAGUACUUCUGUUUCUCAGCGCAGAUUCAGAUGGAUUUUGGUGAAUAGGUGGCGGAAAGAUUUUUUGCUUCAUGUAUACAGUUCUCGUUGUAUACAGCUCCAUUUUUUCCUGAAUUUAAUUCUAAAUAAAUUGUUGAUUUAAGUAU